AUGGCCGCCAUGCAAGCUGCACUCGUGCCUUUCCAUCAGGCACUGGCCAGUGGCCUUGCGCAACCCGUCGCAGACUUCUUCAGUCCAGUCGCACCCGCGCAUGACCCUGGCCGGCUAUACGACUUCUACCGCGCAUCCAGUGACGAGAAGAUUGAAGGCGAUGUUAUUUAUGCGCUCGAACAGCGAAUGAACCCCAAAAAGGCCAAGGCUUCUCCCUGGGUUGAUAUCAUUGCUACUUAUUGGCGCGCUGUCAAAGAGAUCAUCAAGACCGACGAAGCAGCAAAUCAGGGCAAGCUGAAUGAGCGUCAAUACCUGGCAGUAUACGAUACGUGGAAGGACCUGACGAGCAUCUUCAUCAAGCACAUAUCUGGUGGACUGCUACCAGCAUGGGCCAUAUUCACCCUGUACUUCACUGCAAAUCAUCUUAGGAAGAUAGCAAUCAAAGCAGACGAGCAAUUGGCCAAGUCGAAACCAGCAGCUCUCAACACCGGCUACUCAGACGAUAUCGUGAGCACAGCACCUCAAAAUCAGAAGCUUGAAGAAGCUGCGCGAGUAUUCAACAGGAUCUUUGCCCUUUGUCUGGGUGACAGGAACCCCGACAUGUCACAAUCGCGAAAGUGGGGUGUAUAUUGCAUAGCCAACCUUCAGUUCAAGACGUAUUUCAAAUUGAAAGCAAUUAGCUUAUCCAAGAACGUUGUACGAUCGAUCGAAGCACAGUCCGACCUACCUACAUUUGAGCUGUACCCGCGGGCGCAUCGAGUCACAUACAAAUACUAUCUUGGAGUGCUGGCGUUCCUGCAGGAAGACUACGCCAAGGCAGAAAGCAGCUUGCAGCAGGCAUGGGAAUCUUGCUGGUCAAAGUCGCAACAAAACAAAUCGCUCAUACUCACAUACCUCAUUCCCUGCCGCCUGAUCACUCAACACAAGGUUCCCACCGCCAGCCUACUCGCCGAAGCCCCUCGUCUAGAACGCAUUUUCGGCCCCCUCGUAUCCUGCAUAAAACGAGGCGAUCUUACGGGCUUCGACAAGGCACUGGCAGAAGGCGAACCAGAGUUUGUCAGACGGCGCAUCUUCCUUACUCUGGAGCGGAGCCGCGACAUCGCUUUGCGCAACCUUCUCCGAAAGGUUUACCUCGCUGGUGGCUUUGACGAUCUCAAAGAAGGACAGACGGAGAAGGACCGGAUACGGAAGUCGCGAGUACCGCUAGCAAACUUUGCCGCCGCGCUCAGGAUGGGUAUUGCAGGCGAAGGCAGCGGCCAAGCAGUGGAGGACGACGAGGUCGAGUGCCUAUUGGCAAACCAGAUUUACAAGGGUCUGAUGAAAGGCUACAUCUCGCGCGAACACGGCAUGGUAGUCAUGAACAAGAAGGGCGCAUUUCCGGGCACAGGGGUCUGA